AUGGGUACACCGUGGAUCAUUCCCCGGUGGUUAGUGCCAGUGAUAACCGUCGUGUUGAUCGUUUUAUACCCCAGCCCAGGAUCCGGAUUGUCGGGUACAACGAAACGCGCCUUAAAGAAGCUAAUCCUUCUGGACAAAAACCCCGUGCUACCGGAUCGUGUGCGUCUGCUGGCCGAUUGUAGCGGAACAAACUGUACCCGUACCUGUCCGGAAAACUAUGCGAUCGAUACGGAGCAGCGGUACUGCCGGAGGAAACGCCAGGACAUCUGUCCUCCCGGGUACAUCCAGCGAUCGGGUGCUGGCGGUGCGGCCGGUUGUAUCGUGCAGGACAUCGAAUGUCCUCCGGGGAGCAACCGGGAGGGUGAUCGGUGUGUCGUUCGCAGCUUUUCCUGUCCCGUCGGUUACGUGCAGCGUGGUAGCAGUUGCGUACGGGACAAUAUCUGCCAGCCCGGUUAUCGGUGGGAGAAUGGUCUCUGUUUUCCACCGGGGGCGCGUAUCUUCUGUCCACCCGGUUACACUCAGCAGGGCCGCCAUGGACCGUGCACACCGAUCGCAUGUUCCGAUUGCUGCGAUUGCCAGGAGGAGGAAGCGAUGGCCACCGUAUGCCCGACCGGCUACACACAUCAGUGGGGCCGUUGCGUUCGGUUGCUGCAGGCUUCACCGGAGUUACGGAUCGAAUCCGUAACGUACAAGCUCCCGAUCGAGUGCCGUACGGCCGGUGCGACGUACAACGAUGGCCGCUGUGAAUCGUGGACACUCGUUGGAAGGCCGGUUUGCGGUGAGGGCCACUCGUACAAUGGAUCCUGCGUCGAGGUGGCCAAAUGUCAGCGCGGUACGCUCAACAGCGUUUGUUCCUGCGAGCACGAACAACACAUUCUACCAUCCUGCACCAACGGUGGUAAGCUGCACGAAUCCGGGGCUUGCGUCAUCUCGCAGGUAAACUGUCGGCCACCGUUCCAUCUCCACAACGGUGUCUGUGUGCGUGAAGUUACGAUUGGAUCGCUCUGUCCGGACAGUGGUGUUCCGCAAAUUCCGGGUUCGGGAUUCUGUAGCGUCGAUGAACCACGGUGUCCCCGUGGCUUCACUCUGGACCAGGGCACGGGUCUCUGCCGGAAGCUAACCCCUUGCACUCGAGACUGUGGCAGUCGGUAUCAGCAGCAGGACCACUGGUGUGGCAUCCCGGCCAGCUGUCCCGAUGGUUACACACUCAACGAACACGGUUACUGUGUCAAAGAAUCGAUCCACUCCCCGUACAACUGCCCAGAGGGAACGAUCGAACGGAAUGAUGAGUGUGUGAGCGUUACGCCGCUCUGUCGAUCACCACUGGACUACCAUCCGAACGUCGAUCAGUGUGUGAGGUGCGAUGAACGACCGCCAUUCUGUCCACGGGGCAACCUAACAACCGAUGGUCGGUGCAGUUGGAGUGAAUCUGCCUGUCCGGAGGGAUACAGCUGGAAGGACAGUAUGUGUGUCAUGCAGGACGGUGCGUUAACGGUGCGCUGCAAGCAAGGUUACGCACACGAUCGCCUUUGCAUCCACGGAGAACUGAACUGUCCGGAAGGGUACGAGCUACUCGAUGAGAGCUGCGUGGUGAAGGAUGACAUCCACUGUCCGGAGGGAUCCUAUCCGAUCGAGGGACUGUGUGUGAUCGAACGCGAAUGUCCCGAACAGUACCACGCCGGAACGGAAGGCUGUGUGCGAGAAGUUCGACGACCGAUCAAUGUCACGCAACCGGCCUGUCCCGCCGGCUUUAGCUUCGGUGCGGAAGGUGAAGGAUGUCUUCGCCGUACCGUGAUCGAUGCCACGAUCAAACGGCAGCACAGGAAGGAGUGUCCCGAUGGUUACGAGCGACGGGCGUCGGAUGGUUGGUGUGUGCGUACGCUAACCGCGUUUCCCAUCUGUCCACCACAAACCAUCUACACCGAUCGGAACGAUCGCUGCUACUGUGAGGUCGAUCUUGGAUGUCCGACCGGGUACGAGCGAACGGGAGCCGACUGUACGUAUCGUGGCGUUGGUUUUACCGGAUAUCUACACUUCCUGAUUCCGUGCUACGGUGCGCUGUGUGGUGCGCAGCACUGUCUUAGCCAAUGCUCGAGUCCACCGUGUCCAAUCGAACCGUGUAGCGGCGGUCAGAAUCAUCGACCGGAGCUGCUAGGCAAUGAUGUUCGAACGCCCGUAGCUAGUGGCUGCCUAUCCGCUAGUGCCGCUGGAGGAGAGAACUGUCCACCGCAGGAAGUGCUCGGAUUGGUUUGCCCUCCCGGUUACGAGCGAGUCAAUAGUACGUGCUUCGCUUACUACGAUAAAGUAUGCCCGGUUGGAUACAAUCUGACCACUGGGGGUGAAUGCCAACGAGAGAUACUGCUGGAACCAUCCUGUCCACCCGGUUACACACACUCCGGCGAACCCGAUUCCAGUCACUGCGAACAUGCGAGCUGCCCGGAUGGUUACAAAUUGACCGGAGUUGGAAGGACCUGCGAGAAGCGGGAACUUCGUUCACCGAAACCAUGUCCACCGGGGCACGAUUACUACCGGGGAGUGUGCUACCGACGGUCGCAUUGCCGCAAUGGAACCGUCGAUGGAGCGUUCUGUGUGGAACGGGCCUUUAGCAAUCCGAUCUGUCCAGAGGGAUACGUGUUGCGUGAGCACGAUUGCGCCACCGAAGGUACUUGUCCUUUCGGUUCGACCUACAUCGAUGGUUCGUGUUUACGGUUAGAGCAACCGGCAUCCUGUCCCGGAGGAACCUAUCGUUGGGGACGGCUUUGCGUUUAUCCCGAGGCACCCGAAUGUGAUCGUGUACCGCACGUGCAGACCGGUUGUUCUUCUGAGGUUGAUCAGUAUGGACGCUGCUGGCACCGUGUGCCACCAUCUUGUCCCCAAGGAUACCGACUGCGUGACGGUCGGUGUGUCGUUUGCCAAACGGAACAACCCAACUGUGUGGCUCCGAUGGCCAUACGGGGUGAUCGUUGUGUUGCGGAGCGAAUAGUGUGCCCGGAAGGACACUUCCUACGCGGUAAUGUCUGUAUCCUGCUGCACGUAGCUAUGCCACGAUGUCCUUCGGGUGAGUUCGGACUGUGCCGGGGAUUCUGUAUUGCACCACACACCCCCGAUUGUGAGGCGGCCAUCGAGUACGCGAUGCCAUCCUGUAACCGCGGUAUGCUCUAUCAGGGACGGUGUGUGGAGCAUGCUCGCUGCGAUCCGGAAUCUACGCUCAUCGAUAACGAGUGCCGGUUGCGGACGUUCACCGAUACGUCCUGCCAUGGAAAGGGCACAAAGAUCGGGGAGCAGUGCGUCGGGGGGUUACCCCAAUGUCCCGCUAGCUAUGCACUGACCAACGGUCGGUGCUACAGCUGUGCCAUCGAGAAUGCCCAAUGUUCGGGAGGAGGUACACUCUGUACGGAUAGUUUCUGCCAUCUGGAGGAGGCACGUUGCAGUUACUCGGGAUCCUCCUUCUUCGAUGGUUAUGGAUGCCGUGAGUUGACCACGACAGAGGCCUCUUGUCCACCGGGGACGAGUCCGGACCGGUACGAUCGUCAUUUUUGUCAACUGCAGACUGAGAAGGCCAGUUAUAUCUGCCCGUCGGAGUACUACUACCAGCAGGGUGUCUGUCUGAAGAAACUGUACAGUCAGCCCAGUUGUCCACCCGGGGAUUAUAAGCUACGCCAUGGGGUCUGUCUGCGCCGUAGCUGCACACGGAUGUCAUCGGGUGUAGUGUGUGCCAGCGGAAGCGAUACCACGGCGAUCUCGUGCGCUCAUUGUAUGAAUAGUACGAUCGGUGCAAAGGGAAAAAUGGCGACGAGCGUGACGAACAACGGACUCGAUCUUUGCUGUGCCGUGUUUUCGCCAAGAAUAUGUCAGCAGGGCAACCGGUGCUACCACGAGCGUGAAACUCUGUGCGGUUCGUUCUGCUUGACCGAGGACGAUCGUAUCUAUCUCACGGUUCCGGCCAUGACUCGGAUUGGUGAUCGACUAUACAUGGCUCCUAGAAAGAUGGACGCAGCCGACGAGGAGGAUGAGGAGGAAACGGAGGGAUCCAGUCCGGAAUCAGAAUCAUCAUCGGCCAAUGUUGAUUGCUUCCAGUGUCGGUUGCGUAUGGGACGGUGCCCGAAGGUGUGCGAUACAUACGAUUGCCAAUCCGAGGGCGAUGGGGAAUGUAAUUUUAAAGAUGUCCGCAAGUUUUGUUGGCAGUACGAUUCGCUCAAAUUAUGCACGAGAUUUAAAAGGAAGUACUAA